AUGAGUGCACACAAACAGCAAAGAUCGCUGAAGCAUUUGUGCUCGUUUGAUACAGAUCAUGUUAUGGACGAAUCAGGCUAUUUGUCCUUUCAAGCGCUGCACAAUUCAACCGCAUCGGCGCCAUUUUAUUUAUUCGACGCUGACAGCGAAAGUGAAAACUGUCGCAAUGCAGCAAACUCAACACAAAUUACGCACAACACAAAGACUGAUUAUAGGACACCAGGAAGCCAGACGUUCUGGGGCCAGACGCCAGCGGACACAGAUGUUGAGUUGGUAUCGCCGCAACGCAACAAGCGACGCAAGCCGCAGCUGUUGCCUCCACAUAGCAGUCCGAAGAAAUCCAAAAAGCAAUUGUUUCCCGUAGCGGAACGACACUGUCGUACCAAAUACUACAAUGGUCUGGAGAAACUGGACAUUGUGGGCAUGUUGAGCAAUACUCUGCCAGCACUGGAGUGUAUACUGCAACACCUAGACGCGCGCAUGCUGGAUCUAAUGACGCGAGUCUCUACACGCUGGGCACAGGCUGUUUACAAGUGUAAGCAGCCGCAGGAACGACUGCAUCAAUAUCGAUAUAAACAGAGUCUUAGCAAGGAGAACUGGCAAGCAGCUAAACGCGCUUGCAUGCUCAAUAAAAUCACCAAAAACCUUGUGCCAUUAAGAGCAUUCAAUGCCAUAACACCAAAUCAGACGCCGCAGCACAUGUCGUCACAGCAGCAGCUGGAGGAGCAGCAAUCCUUGGUGGAGCAAAUACAACGCAUCAAGUGUCCACGCUGUGGGAAGGCUAGCAAAGUAUAUUGCAGUCAAGCGCCCGCUUCAGCAGCUGCAUGCUGGACACCACAGCCAACCGCACUUUCGCAAACAUUACCACAUCAGUUUAGCUACAGUGCGCCAGUACAGAAGGCACCAGCGCUGCUACGUUUCCAUUCACUGGAUCAGCUUAAGCCCGAACGCGCACAAAAGUUUGGUGAAUGCACCAGUUUCGCUUGCAAGUUUCGCUUCUGCCUGCACUGCUGUUGUGCACCACAUCCUGGAUCAAAGUGUCUGGUUAGCGAGCUAGGCACACCCUCGAAGCUGCUGCAACCAGCUGAGCGUGAACAGCUGACGCCGCCCAAGCGUUCACAGAAAAAAAUUGAUUCCAAGCUCAUACGCAAGAAUUCACUCAAGCGCCUGAACUUUUAAACAUUCUUAAACUUAAGAUUCCAACAAAACAACUGUACCAAUGCUUUUUUUUAACUAGUAUUACUCAGCAUUUUGAACAUCUUUGUAUUAUUAUUACGUUUCGUUAAGUGUAUGCUCAACAUUUCAUUGUACCUCUGUGAGAUUAAUAAGUUGUUAGGCUAAGAUUUUACAAAUUUUUAUGAACAAAA